ACAAAAAAAAAGUGCAGUACAAACGAGGAAUGAUAUCUUUUGUCUAGUACAAAAGAAGAAAAAUUUUUCUGUUUCGAAAAUUCAAAAAUCGCGAAAUAAUCGAAUCGUGGGAGCUGGAAAUCGUCCCACACAGAUACAAGUACAUUGAGCUCAAGAAAGCCACCAAAAAUUUCAAAGAGAGCGAGCUGCUCGGAAGCGGGGGAUUCGGCCGGGUGUACAAAGGCACGCUGCGUAACCCCAAAGCCGAAGUCGCCGUGAAGCGCGUGUCGCACGACUCGAAACAGGGGAUCCGCGAGUUCGUCUCGGAGAUAUCGAGCAUCGGUCGCCUCCGCCACCGGAACCUAGUGCAGCUGCAGGGCUGGUGCAGGCGCGGAGGCGAUCUUUUACUAGUGUAUGAUUUCAUGCCUAAUGGCAGCUUAGAUAGGUAUCUAUUUGACACACCAAAAUGCAUAUUGAGUUGGGAGCAGAGGUUCAAGAUCAUCAAGGGCGUUGCGUCAGGCCUUCUCUACUUGCACUAAGGCUACGAGCAAAUCGUGCUGCACCGCGACGUCAAGGCCAGCAACGUCCUGCUCGACGCGGAGAUGAACUGCCGCCUCGGCGACUUCGGGCUCGCCAAGCUGUACGAUCACGGCUCGAACUCGGGGACCACCCGUGUAGUCGGGACGCUGGGGUACCUCGCUCCGGAGCUUCCGCGGACGGGGAGGUCCACGACGGGCUCGGACGUGUACGCGUUCGGGGCGCUGAUGCUGGAGGUGGCGUGCGGGAGGAGGCCGAUCAAGUCGAGGUCGGGGCCGGACGAGCUAGUGCUGGUGGACUACGUGUGGAGCAAGUGGAAAGGAGGGAGGAUUGUUGAUGUGGUGGAUGAGAGGAUGAAGGGUGAGUUUGAGGAGAAGGAGGUUGUGAUGGUGUUGAAAUUGGGGCUGAUGUGCUCGAGUCACCAGCAAUCGGGGAGGCCGAGUAUGAGGCAACUGGUGAGAUAUUUGGAGGGGGAGAUUGAGGUCCCCGAGGUGUGGAGGGCGCCGGGGGUUUGUGCCGACGACAGAGGGUUCGAGGAUUAUUUGAAUUCUUAUGCUUCUUCUUCCUUUGACAAAAGCACCAAUGGGGAUACAAGUUUAAUUAGUAUGUCCAUUUCUACUUCACCUAUUACAGUUAUUAGAGAGGCUAGAUAGUCUCUGUUUAAUAAUGCUCCUAUCAUA